GUUUAUGUCUUAAUGGCAGGUCAUAAUUGCACUGAGUUAAGAAAUCGAGUCUCCCUAUGGCUAUUUGGACAUGCUAAUGACUGUUUUUUAAUAGCUGUUUUAGGCUUUAUUAGCUGUAAUACCAUUAAUUGGUAUGCUCGCUGGUGGCUAGAUGGUAUUACUGAAAAUGUUAUAUCAGCGUCUAGUUUAGAUGUUAACUGA